AUGGGGAAUGUCGCAGUUCCCGGAGAAGUUUGGCUGAAGGUGUUUAAAGAGGCUGGUAUAAAAUCCAUCCCGUCGAUUAUCGCCACAGACCGCCUCUUUUCCCGAAUUGCGCGUCCUUUGCUCUUCGCAAACUUUGACCUGCUGGUCUGUGGAAUUCUAGGUGGACGCGGAACAUUUUACGAACGCUCACCAGUCAAGCACGCGAAGGCUCUAGCCCGUCUGGCAUUCUUUUCAACCCCCGAAGUCGCGCGGUACGUGCGAACUUGUCAUGUGUCGACCUGGGCUGUGUCAAAUCCAAAGUGGGCUGUGUCAAACCCUUUGGAUUGUGUUGCGACAGAAAACCCGUUGUUGUUAUUCGAAGUCUUUCUGCACCACGUAGAGAACUUCACCCGAAUGAAAAAACUGGUGCUGAAGAUCGAGAUAACUGGCGCACAUCUCUCAAGACUUUACCAUGCGCUUCCAGCCUUGGAAGAACUUGAAGCGAACGCCGAUAUCAUCGAACCUUGGAAUGCCGUUGGGAGUGGGCCUCCUCUCAAACACUUGUCUCUCACGCUAUCCUCAAGUUUUACGGGGUUCAGGUUGUGGACUCCUUUCCUGAACUCGCACAAGCUUGAAUGCGUCGACAUCGAUUGCAUGUUCAUGCGUAACUUUACCAACGUCCAUCCGCAUGAUAUACCUCGCCUCCCCAACGUCUCUCGCCUUACCCUCCGCGUUACCACGUUGGAUCAAGUCAUCAACUUCAGUCCAUUGCUCACCCGAUUCCCCGCCGUCAAAGUGUUGACGAUUGGGGAUGGCCGGGAUGUCUUCAAGGAUGAAAUGGCUGCACAGGCGCUCGAAGCUGGAUGCGACUCGCUGUUCCACACCGUAGAAGAGCUCUACGGCACCCACCUUAUUAUCGGCAUAUUUAUGCGUCGUGCGGAAAACCUCACGCGAAUUACUCUCAACACACUCCCAACGCCUCACGAGUUCUAUAGCAAGCUUGGAGAUGCCCGCCCGUUCUCCCGUAUCACCUAUGUCUCCCUGGACAUCUCUGGUCCGACAGCGAGAAUGUUGAGCGAGAUUUUAUGGUUGUUUCCGCAACUAGAGAAUCUAAUUGUUGACUUGGCCAAAGGCUUCCGAGUGCCUGCUGAUAGUUUGUCGUUGAUUCAUGAACUGGCGCAGAUUGACGCUGGCAGCGAGAGAAUGGCACGGGCGAUCAAAGGGAUUUUCCCCUCCACUCUGAGAAGGGUGAUGAUUUCGUUAUUAUUCUGGGGAGGUCACUACCGUGAUGCUAUUUGUCCUCUCCAAGACGUGCGAGAUGGUCUCGUCGACAAUCUUCCAAACAUCUCUGCCAUUUGGGUCGACAAUCACGAUCACGCGCUGAUGUGGAGACGCAGCCCAUCCAACUCGAGCAUUGAACCGUUUCAUGGCGCUGUUGAGAACAUUGGACGCGAUGCUGUUCGUUCGCUCGCGGGCGGGUUUCGGGAAGAGAUGCGGACCAAACCUUAG